AUGUCAUAUUCAGGAAGUCGAAGGCAGUCGGUUUACUAUGAAGAAGAGAAACCACGAGUCGAGAUGUGCAGUGAACAUUCAAUUCCAGAAUCUUUGUACUUUCCACACUUGAUCAGUGCUUAUUUACCAAACGGGACGGCUAUUGAUUCGGAAGCGCCAUCACCUUGCUGGACGAAACAUUGUUUGAAGGUUGUCUCUUUGCCACCACGACUUCGAUACACUUACACAUUGCAAUUCAUCAACGUUGAGAAUCGGAAUAUGGAUUCAUCUCGAAGUGAAUUAAUUGUCUGUGAUGCGAAUACAAACCUGAAUCGAUGCAGCUAUGAACGUUAUCGUAUUCCAUUAAUUAAUGCUGUUCUCCCGCAAAGUCUUUCUCUUAGGAGUGCUGGUCGUCCGGUUUUUAUCUCGCUGGAGCACAUUCCCGUUGGACUGAGUGGGCGAGUUGCCGGUGACAUAUUGCUGGUCUUCAAUCUUAUAUCCUCACGCAUUAUCAGUUGA